GAUAGAACAACGGGCCAGUAUAAAUAGAGGAGAGACAGGGACUGCACAGAAUUAAUGGGGGAAGAAUAGGACAAGACAGUUAACAAGGGGGCAGCUGGAAAACAAGUAUACCUCACAGGACAGAGGAAAUACACAACAACUGAAAGUAUCAUAAAUAGAAAUGAGUGAACCAGAGAGGAGAGAGGGAGACAGAGAGUACUGUCUGCCACAAGACUAAGGUACAGCUGCAGGUCGGGGGUAGACAGGGUGAGGAACUGCGAGGAUAACAGAGAUCAGUGGCAGCAGGAUCACGAGGAGGGAAAACACAGAGCGAUAGUGAGUGGAAGAAAGUGUGGGAAAGCCAACAGGUUGAGAGUCGGGUGAGGGCACAGGUAGAGUGAGACACACAGCCAGAAAGGUUGGCUGGCUUAUGCAAUGAUGCAGCUGAAGUGUGCGCUGAAAUUUCUGUGCCUAGCACUGGUUCUGUUUCCUCAGGCCACACACACUGCUGGAGAAUGCUUCUUCAAUGGCAAAGGUGAAAGUAAUCUCUAUAAACCAGGGGUACUGGAAUGGGGGACAUGCUGCCAACAGGGCUGAGAAACAGCUUCAUUUUACGUCAAACCAUAUCUACCUCUCUCUAUCUACAGCUACCUGCGAACACAAAGGUGUCAGGUUGGAGACUGGAGACAUUUGGAUUAACGAAGACUGUUACCAAUGUAUCUGCCUGAACCCCUUUGGAGUUGGCUGCUGUGACAAAGUGUCUCAGCCGGUCGAUUACCCUGACUGGUGCGAAGUCAUUCAGCGACCUAACUCCUGUCUUCUGGCAGUUGUUAUGAAGGCCAAUCACAAGAUCGCAUGCAUCAGUAAAACCACCAUGGGACGCCUCCGGCCUCGGUACGGAUACAAGGAAGGGGAAAAUCCAUUCUUCGAGCAAUGGAGGGCCUGAUAGGAACUAGUUUCACCAUGCUCAGGCCCAGCCAAUGAACCAUUCAGUAUCCUGUUAAUAUCCUGGCUGUAUUCCCACUCCCAGGGAAUUCCCGAUUUCACAUUCAGCCACCAAGUGGGAUUAGAAAAAGGGGAAGGGGUUAGCAACUUGUGAUAUGUGACAAUCACAUCAGAGGCCAAUUUUGGUGACAGAACGGUACAGAUUUAACAGUUAGAUGGUUAAGUUAAUCACACACAUUCCACAUGUGUACAAAACACUCCGGUACCUUCAGGAUCCCCACCUGUGGUUUGUUCCUU